GGAGUCCUGCCCGGCGGAGGCCGGAUAAAGGCCAGAACAAAAGGUCAAUUUCACCGGAGACACAGAGGAGUCAUCGGCGACCGAUUGUUGUUGGUAAACCAAAUGAGUGAGUUACAGAAGGAACCUUCUCCUCCUCCUCAUCCUGCCGAUACUCUUCCUCCGCCGCCGCCGCCUGCAUCAACAAAAUCUCCUACUAGCCUUCCGUCUGCACCGCCGAACCAGCCUCCUCUCCAUCGUUUCGAUCCCAGCCGUAUGAUUGGUAUCAUCAAAAGGAAAGCCUUAAUAAAAGACUUGGCGGCCGUAUACCAUGCUGAAUGCCUUGCAUACUGCCAAGAGCUUUUAGAACUCCAAAAAAAAUGUGAAGAGCCCUAUGCAGAUGUAAAAGUUGCAGCAGACUCGAGGAAAGAAACAAUGAGGCCCCCCAAACGACUCAAAAAACAACACUAGGUGGCUGAUCCUGUUAGGAAUUCAUAUCGCGUGUUACAGCAACCCUGCUUAUGGAUUUGCAGUCAGUUUGAUCAUCUGUAUAUACAAACAACUUCAAUUCAGGUGUGCUUUGUCUGUUCUAUGGUUUAUCCAUCUUAGAUUUCAUGUCCUAAUGAAGUGCCCAAACUUGGAUACAUAUUCUUUAGUAACAAACUCACCCUUUUGAGCACAUCAAGACCUAAAUAUCACUGAAAUUCUAACAUAUUUCAUGUUAAAUCUUUCUUUUUUCAACACUCUCUUUGCAUAUGCAAAUUGCAACAUUUGGCUA